AUGUUCGAUCGAUCCAGUACAAACUUUCUUAUGAAGAUCGCCACCGACGGCGGUGAGCACAACUACGCCGCCAACUUCGACGCAUCCUCCGACUACAUCGCCGCCUCCGACAUUAUCGUCUCCCCCGUCAAGCCAUCCUACAACACCUUCUACGUCUUCCCCCUCCUUGAGUUCAAGUCCAACUCCGGAGACGACAAGCACGUCGAGCUCGUCAUCUUCGUCAUCAAUAGUUUCCGAAACCCCGACCACCACUCCGACCUCCACACCCCGGCCAAGCACGACACGACUCUUGCGCCAACUAUCAGCCGGAAUGUCGCACCUACGACGGCUGCGAACGACCAGUCAAACAGCAAUGGCUUCUUUUCCAACACCGGCGCUGUAGCUGGCGAAUUCACGGUCGUCGGUGUGGCCAUCUUGGCCGUUGUAUUCGCCCUCAUCACCAACGCUGUCAGAAAACAUCGAGCUCGCAAGUUCGACCGUGAGAUCGUGGACGCUGCUGCCGAGGCGGCGGCGCAAGCUCCAGCGUUACUCGACGACGACAACGACGACAACGACGACAUAUCGAGCGUAGGGCAGUUGGAUACGGAAGAGGCGGUACCAGCGGCAGAUACGGCGCAAGCAGAAGCAAGGAGUCAUACACUGGCUACGACUCGGGCUAUGUGCUCUGGCACGGAGCGAGCAUGCAGUAGAAGCACAAGGACUAGCACCUGGUGCAGGCGAGGCUCAGACGCCGUAUCCUGCAUUUGUUGCUCCUGGAGCCAUGCAGGCGCAAGAGUAAUGAUUAUGCGUUUCGACGCUGCUCGCUUCGGUGCGGGUGCAACCGGCGGAGCCACACACAGGCGACUUAUUCUAUUCUGGGAAUGGGUAUCCACAGCAGCCAAUGCCAUCGCCGGGCUCUACGCCAACGACUGCUUCAACAGGAUUAGGCAGCGGCGGGGGAUCGCCUCAGGAGUCAUACGCGGCGCGUUACAGGACGUGAGGAGGGCUGGUACCUCCGAGAGUCGCUUGAGUUCAGGAUCUAGUGAGGAUAACGGAUACGGUGGGAUGGCGGAGAGUGAGGAUGAGGACGACCAGGAUGGUGGUGGGAGACGGGUGCUGAAGGUACAAAACGAGGAAGAGUUUUGUCCUCCCGCCACCAUCGGGUUCGUGUGUUCCCCCAUCGUGAUGUCGCCGAACCUCGUUUCUUUCGAAGGGCUGAUCCAUUAA